UUACAUUCUGCAGAAGGCGCCGGACGACGCCGAGCCGGGCCUUCUGUACUACUACCUCUCGACGAUCGCCGACGUGGCCGCCAAUCGGUACAUCAACGCCAGCUCCUUCUACUUUGCGCCGAAUCACGCCUUCACGCCCUCCUACCGCGGCUUCUUCAACAAGACGCUGCCCCUCUUCGGGCCCCGAGCUUACCGCGCCGACGACUUCAACGACCCCUACCACCUGCAGCGCACCUCGACGCUGAACACCAUCGAGGCGACCGACGUGGGCGCCAUUCCCAACAACUCCCAGUCGGCCAACUACACCAACGAGCAGUACCGCAUCAACGACUGGUACGUAGCCGUGGCGGUGAUGGAGAUCGACUACCAGCGGCUGGACAUCAACCAGUGUCCGGUGGGGGAGGGCAAUCCACCGCCGAACAUCUACGCCAACACUGCCCGCUGCCAGAAUGUGACCACUGAAUGCGAACCGGUGCACGGUUUUGGCUUUCGCCGAGGCGGCUACCAGUGUCGUUGCAAGCCGGGCUACCGCCUUCCCGAGAUGGUCCAAUUCCCAUUCAGGGGCGAGAACAUCGAACGGGCGACGCAGAGUGAAUUCGAGGGCGGCUACGCCUGCGAGAAGAUCGGCUACAUUGCCGUGCGCACGCAAAAUGUCCUGCCCAUCGACCCGCUUGAACGCCGGAAAUUGAUCAUGAAGAUGGAAACGCUGACCGGCGUGCGGGGCAACUCUAGCACCUCUGCGCGCAUCGACCCGGACACGCUGAGCGGCUUUAUGCGCACGGUGAACCCAGACAACUGCCACCGGCUGCGCUCAGAGGAGCUGCGCCUGCGCGGCGACGUCGCCCACGGGAAGGAGGUGCAGUACGAGAACCAGGCCCGGGUGGCCCUCCGCCUGGCCAACUUCCUCUCCGCCUUCCUGCAGGUGGUCGAUCCGAAGGAGCAGUUUGCGGAGUUCCGCGUGCCCGACAAGCCGCUCAGCAAGGACCAGGUGAUUGGCGAGGCGCUGGCGGCGAUGAUCGGCGACCAGAAGGCGCUGGGCGUGGCGGUGAUCUUCCGGCCGCACAAGCUGCACGAGAACUACACCCACUUUGCGCCGUACGCCUACAAGCUGGAGCGAAACACGCGCAAGUUCUUCGUCGACGACCUGGGGCGGUACGGCGAGGAGCACCGCCGCCAUUACCUCAACCAGGAGUACUACAAGCGGCUGCUGGUGCGCUGGUCGCUGGUGGACGCCGAGGAGCUGGAGCAGUACACGACGAAGAUCAACAUUCGCUACAAUGCGGCGGGCUUCAAUAAGAUCCGCUACGACCGCUAUCCGCUGCAGUACCGGGCGGCGGAGAUCCGCCACGGCUUCUGGACGGUGCCCUACUUUGACUGCGGCGGCUUUCACCACAAGUGGAUGAUCACCUUCGCGGUGCCCUUCUUCGGGCCGGACGCCAUCAAGGCUCGCAUCGAGCUGAAGGGCGUCGUCGCCAUUGACGUGCCGCUGGAGAGUCUGGACAUCAACCAGUGCGGCACGGCGACGCCGCCCGAGUUCGACUACAGCCUGGGGGCGAUCAGUGCGGCGAACCAAGGCGACAACGUCUACGACCUGCAGACGGACAACUACCCGCUGCACAAGUACGUCAACACUCCGAACGCCUUCCGCAACACGCACAAGUGUGACCGCCUGUCCACCUUCUGCGUGCCCAUUCUCGGACGGGGCUUCAACGCCGGUGGCUACAAGUGCAUGUGCGGCCAGGGCUUCGAGUACCCCUUCAACGACGACAUCACCUACCACGACGGACAGAUCAUGGAGGCGGAGUACGAGAACAUGGUCCGCAAUAAGAACUCCCGCUACGAUACGCUCGCCUGUCGCGUCGCCCGUGCCCCUACAGUAGGCGUUCUCUCUGUGUUCGCCCUCCUGGCGUCUGCCCUGGUGGCAGCCGCCUUGUCCCACUUUCUCUGUCUGCUUUCCUAA